UGAAAAGAUGUUCUACAAGACCCUUCAACCAUGCUAUUUUGAUUCCUUAUUCCUUUGUUGUUUCUCACUUUCUCUACAUUCUCUUAAGUCUCAACCAGCUAGUUUUCCAAACUUUACUUGAACAAGAAUCCAAGAAUGUAACUUGCCAUUGAUCUCACCAAAAACAACACUUGAAAGUAUUCCCACAAUGCCAUCCCAUGGUCAUGCAUUUGCAAUGGCUGUGGUUGCUGCAGCCAUUGCUAUCCUACUUGUUGCUGUGAUUUUCUUCUACUUGAAAAAAUUUGCUUGCUCUUGGCAUUACCACCAUAGACACAGAGUUGCAGCGAGUUUUCGAAGAGAAGCAGGAUUUAACCAAGAGGAUAUAAGGAAAGUUAAUAAUAUGAAAGGGUUACUUGCUGAAGAAAAUGGGAUUGAUAUUCUGUAUAUGGUGGAAACACAAGGAAGGCAUUUCAAAACUAGUUUCCCAACUAGAAUAUUCAAUCCGAGUUAUGAAGAUAAUGAAGAAAAGGAAGAAGAAGAAAAGAGAAUAGAUGUAUUGGUUCAAAGAUCUAUGCAUUAUGAGACUCAAGAGGUUCCAUUGCUAUGUGAAUCUCCAGGUUCAGGUUUGAUGAUUCAUGAGGAUUUAGUUAAACCACUACAACCACCAUCACCACCACCACCACCACCACCUCCUCCUCCUCCUCCUCCUCCUCCUCCUUCUCCUCCUCCUCUUCCUCCAAGAAACAAAAUUCCAAAAGCAUCACCUGUGCCUUCAUCAUCAAAAUCACCACCACCACCUAAAGGAAAAGCCAACAUGGAAAACAACACCUUAGAGGUUGCAGAAUCAAGAGAGAAGGGUGCUAGCCAAACAAGACUCAAACCUCUACAUUGGGAUAAGGUUGUAGCUAAUGUUGAUCAUUCUACAGUGUGGGAUCACAUCAAUGAUGGCUCUUUCAGGUUUGACAAUGAACUCAUAGAAACACUCUUUGGAUACUCAACCAAGAACCAAACCAAUGAAAGAAACCUAUGUCAUGCAUCUUCUGCUCAGUUAUUCCUUGUGGACCCUAGAAAAUCCCAAAACACAUCAAUUGUGCUAAGGUCUCUUGCAAUUUCUCACAAGGAAAUUAUGGACGCGCUCGAUGAUGGACAAGGAAUCAGUCUUGAGACACUUGAAAAACUUACUAAGAUAGCUCCUACACAAGAAGAAGAAGCCAAAAUCAUCCAAUUCAGUGGAAAUCCAGAUAAACUUGCUCAUGCUGAUUCAUUCCUCUACUGCAUCCUCAAAGCGGUUCCAACAGCAUUCAUUCGCCUGAAAGCAAUGCUUUUCAGAUCAAAUUAUGAUUUUGAAGCCGUUCAGCUUAACGAAAACUUACAAACGCUUGAAAAGGGUUGCAAGGAGAUGAGGGCUAGUGGCCUAUUACUGAAGUUUCUUGAGGCAAUUCUCAAAGCUGGAAACCGGAUGAAUGCCGGAACUUCUAGGGGAAAUGCACAAGGUUUCAACCUAAGUGCUCUUAGGAAGCUUCCUGAUGUGAAAAGCAUUGAUGGGAAGACUAGUUUGCUACACUUCAUUGUAGAGCAGGUGGCUCAGUCAGAAGGAAGAAGAGAAGCUAUGAAUCAAAAGCAUAACAUUCCCAAAAUCAAUAGUGAUAUAAGCAACUCCAAUGAAAACAAUAAUAGCCUUGUGCAACAUGAGACAGAGAAAGAGUAUCUGAUGCUUGGUUUACAAGUGUUAUUGGGAGGUAUAAAGGAUGAGUUAUCUGAAGUAAAGAAAGCAGCAAUAAUUGAUCAUCAGAAUUUCAUUAGGAUGUUAUACAUUCUCAAUGCUCGUGUUAGCGAAAUUCGAGAGAUUGUAACCAAAUGUUGUGGCGACAACAAUGAGAGAGGUGGAUUUGUUAAGGAAAUGAAAGGGUUUGUCGAGGAAUGUGAGGAGGAGCUUAAAGUUGUGAAAGAUGAACACCUUAGGAUCAUGGAGCUUGUGAAGAAAACCAAUGAGUAUUAUCUAGGAGGCGGAGGAGGAUCAAACCCCUUUGAACUGUUUCUUAUUGUGAGAGAUUUUGUUGACAUGGUGAAUGAGGUUUGCAGUGAUCUCAGAAGGAAGAUAGAAAAGAAGAAUGUAGGAGGAGGAGAAGGUGCAUCAACAACACCACCUCUUUCACCCUCAAAGAAAGCACCACUCAGGUUCCCAAAGUUUGAUUUGCACUUUCUAUCAAACAUGUCAAGUGCAACAUCAUGUUCUAGCCUAUCAGAUGAUGAUUUCUGAAGCAGGGUUUUAUGCAUUUGUAUCAAUUUGUUUAACGCAAAAUCUUUAACUAUGUAAAGUUUAGGGGAUUAGCUUAGACCUUAAAUUUGGUAUGUAUUAUGUAGGAUCUUUGACUAUGACAACCUUGGACAUAUGUACUAAAAACAAACAAAAAAGAGAG